UUCGUUUUCUAGACAGUCAAGUCUCUAGUCAGUAGUCACAAACCUGAACGUCCAAACCCAAAACAAGAUAUUCUAUGCCGGAAAACCUGUAAUUUUUCAACUGGAUUGAUAACCUUCUUAAAUUAAAUUAUUUUUUUGAUAUUUUGACUUGUACAUUUUAACUUUUCAAUAUUAAAAAUUUACAAAAACAUCACUAUUAUUCCAGUGUUCAAUAACGGUAGAUCUCAGUUGUGGCAUAUAACUUAUAAUUUAUUGUUUGUUACGCGAGCUCAAUAAAAUAUUAAAUGAUUAUGUGUAGCAACAACUUUAAAAAAUUUAGAAUACACUUAAUUUUUUUUUCAUUUCUAUCUCUUGUUGUCACCAAUGAAGUGCAUUCAGAAUGGAAUACGAAAGAUUAUAUGAAACGUGAGCAUUCAUUGUUAAAACCCUACCAAGGAUCUGGAAUUACAGUGCCCAACUGGGAUUUUAUUGGUUCCACUAUUGUAACUGAUAAAUAUGUUAGGCUAACUCCUGAUUUGCAAAGCAAGUCUGGUUCGAUAUGGAAUGCUAUUCCUUGCCAUGUUCAUAACUGGGAACUACAAGUUCAAUUUAGAAUUCACGGUAAAGGCAAAGAGAGUUUGCACGGCGAUGGAAUGGCGAUAUGGUAUACACGAGAAAGAAUGGUACAAGGACCCGUGUUUGGUAAUAAGGACUUUUUUGAAGGCCUUGCAGUUAUAAUUGAUACUUAUAGCAACCACAACGGAGAACAUAAUCAUCAACAUCCAUAUAUAUCAUCAAUGGUGAAUAAUGGUUCUCUACAUUAUGACCACGACAGAGAUGGAACUCAUACGGAAUUAGCCGGUUGUGAAGUUAAAGCAAGGAAUAUACCAACAGAAACUCAUAUUGCAAUUCGAUACUCUGGCAACACUCUGUCUGUGAUGACAGACUUGGAAGACAAAGCAGUGUGGAAGCCUUGUUUCACUGUAGAAGGAGUAGAACUACCGACUGGCUAUUAUUUUGGUUUUACGGCAGCUACUGGUGAUCUGUCUGACAAUCAUGAAAUUUUAGCAGUACGCCUUUAUGAAGUUGACUCUGAUCCAGCUGAUGCGUUAAAAGACUAUUCGAAAAUUAUUCCAUCUGCUAAGAAAUACAGUGCUCCAAGGGAACACAUUGAAGAUAAUAAAAACCCGGGUUGGAGUGGACUAAAAAUAUUUUUUGUCGUCAUAUUUGUUAUCAUUGCAAUAGGAGCAUUGAUUGUUGGUGGCGUUUGGUACUGGGAGUAUCAACAAUCUCAGUCACAUAAAACAUUUUAUUGAACAAAUAUUUUAAUAAAUUCAUUUUACCAAAUAAAUGUAUAAAUGUAUACAUAAAAAAUUGCCAACAAAUAUUCCCAACGUGUAACAACUGAUCAAUAAAUAUCUUAGCCCAAGCUACAUCUAUAUAUUAUAUAUAUCUUCUUAUAUUCUUUCUGUAUUGAUUAAAAUAAAUUGAAGACUGAACAUGUA